AUGCAUAAUAGCCCUUAUGCUAUGCACCCUGGCAAGAAUAAGAUGUACCGCGACCUUCGUGAGUUAUACUGGUGGCCAGGUCCUAAGCGAGAGGUUACUGAAUUUAUGGCUAAGUGCACUUGGGAGGAUUACUUGCCGCUAGCAGAGUUUGCUUAUAACAACAGCUAUCAGUCUAGCAUUCAGAUGGCACCUUACGAGGCUUUGUAUGGUUGUAGGUGUCGCACACCUUCAUGUUGGAUUGAGUUGGGUGAACGGCGUGUUCUAGGCCCUGAACUAGUUUCUGAUACCGAGGAUAAAGUUAAACUGAUUUUAGAUCGUUUGAAAGCAGCAUCUGAUAGGCAGAAGUCUUACGCCGAUCUGAAGCGUUGA